GGUUUCGUCAUCUACCAACAGCGCACGUACCCAAAAUCAUCACUUACCUCUCGUCCACACACAAUACCAGACCAGCCGCGCAGAAAUCUAGAAGAAGAAGCAGAAGUAGUAGAAGAGGGGGAAACAUAACAUAACGAGAAAGAAGUAACCAUGAAGUGGAUGGAGCCAAAUGCAUUCGAUUGGGAGGAAUCCCCUCCUUUAUCCUCUUUUCGCGCUGUGGCGACGGGGAGUCUCGUCUACGUUGCCGCGGUGAUUGGUUCGACAAUUCUUUCGAAACGAUAUCUGCCGGUAGUCGACAAGACUUCUUCAUCCAAGGAAGAAACAUCUACCAUGACGGGUUUGCAGUGGAAGCCUUGGUUUGGCAGUGACCUCCAGACUGCCCAAUUCAUUCACAACAUUGUUCUGGUGGCCAGCAGUGCUAUUAUGCUCUGUGGCGUUGUGGUGGAGAGUAUCAAGAGAUUAUCCAUGCCGUCCGAGUCAUCCUGGCCGCCGUUUCUGCUCUGCGAGGAAACAAAAGGAAUCAUGGCAGGGAAAGGGGCUCUGUAUUAUUGGAGUUACAUCUACUACCUGUCCAAAUACUACGAGCUGUUGGAUACGGCCUUGCAACUAGCUCGAGGUAAACCACCUCCACACUUUGCACUUCAUGUGUACCAUCACUCGGUGGUUCUCUUUAUGGCUUGGGCAUGGUGUGAAUAUCAUCAAUCACUACACUUUAUUGGGUUGGCGUUCAACACUGCCGUCCAUGUCGUCAUGUACACGUACUUUCUCCAGCGGACCAUCACCAAGGCAACACCCAAAUGGAAGAGUUUGGUGACCUUAUUCCAGAUCGUUCAGUUUUCCUUUUCCUUCUUUUGUGCGAUCUUGACAAUCUACAUUUCCUUUGUCCAAGGAUACCAAUGUGCCGGAAUGAGUGCUCUGGGUUUGAACGCUCUCUUCAAUGUGACAUUGUUACAUUCCUUUGUCGGCGUGUUCAAAAAAGGGGGAAAGAAGAAAAGAAAGACUGUGUAACUCUCCCUUCGUUAGUUCUUAUAAGUAGGUUGUCUACAAAGACAAUGACUUUGAUGCUCGCUCUCUAUACGCCCAAACGAAUUUUGAAAAUAAACUACUGCUUCUUUGUUGCCUCUCU